AUGAAGCUUAUCUCCCCAGCCACCGCUCUCCUCGUCCUUCUCGCUCCUCUCACCGUCUCUGCCCGGUCUCUGCCGUUGCUGGCACCCGAACAGUCUCCCAUCAAGACGGCCGAUAAGAACUUCCCUGUGGAUGGCGACAAUCCCCUGACCUACUGCUCCGACCCGUCCAACAACAUCCUCGAGAUCCAGUCGGUUGAUCUCUCUCCCAAUCCUCCCCAGCCCGGCGAAACCCUGUCCAUCAAAGCCAAGGGCAUUUUCCACGAGCGAGUUGAGAGGGGCGCCAAAGUCCUCCUGCAAGUCAAGUAUGGCCUGAUCCGCUUAAUCAACCAGGAGGCGGACCUCUGCGAGCAGCUGGAGAACAAUGUCGACCUGGAGUGUCCGUUGGAGGAGGGCCCGAUGACGUUCACGAAGCAGGUUGACCUACCCAGGGAGAUUCCACCGGGCAAGUACUCUGUUCUGGCGGAUGUCUACACCGAAGACAAGAGGAAAAUUACUUGUCUCGAGGCCAACGAUAUCAUCUUCCAUUAG